AUGAAGUCCAUCUACACGUCGUUACUUGCCUUUGUUGGCCUGGCAGCAGCAGUCUCCAAAUAUGAUGAGUACAUCCUGGCUCCCAAAUCACGGACCAUCCACCCUGUCGCCGUAUAUCAGGACAAAAUCAAUGGAACUGUCAUUGGAGCGUCCAGUCUCGCAGGCGACUCCCCAGGCUCAGCCGUCUUCCAAGGCGUUUCAGCCGUCACAUACGACUUCGGUGUAAACAUCGGCGGACUUGUCAGCUUGACCAUCGGCAACAAGACAGACACAAAUCAGUCCAUCGCUGUAACCUAUUCCGAAAGCUCGCAGUGGAUCUCUGGCGUGGCUUGCGAUGCUACUCAAGACUCUGGUAUGGAUGAGGCGUUGUGGUUCUAUCCCCAAGGCCCUGGUGUUGUGUCUGUAGACCGUCAGCAUGAAAGAGGUGGAUUCAGAUAUUUGAGUCUGGUCCAUAACACUACUGGAGAGAUCGAGGUUACAGAGGUCACGGUUGAUUUCACACCGUCGCCCACGACAGAAGAUCUGAGAAAUUAUACCGGUUUCUUCCAUUCUGAUGAUGAGUUGCUGAACCGCAUUUGGUAUGCUGGCGCAUACACUAUCCAGAUGUGUGCUAUCGACCCGACUCACGGUGAUGCGCUCAUCCACUCGGAAGAGACCAAUUCGAGCGUUCCAAGCGACUCAACCCGUCCAUGGUCAUGGUACUACAACACGACUAUCGCCAAUUCAAGUGUUGUUCUUGUAGAUGGUGCGAAACGCGACCGUCUAAUUUGGCCUGGAGAUAUGCACGUCAUCACUCCAUCUAUGUUCGUCUCGAUCAGUGAUGAUGCAGCCAUUACCAACUCUAUCGACAACUUGUUCAGUUUGCAAAAUGCGUCGGGCAAGCUUCCUUAUGCAGGUUACCCAUUCAAGCAAGACACAUAUUCUGCAACCUAUCACCUGUACAACCUCAUCGGUGUCUCGGACUACUACAAGUUCACGGAUGACCUCGAGUACGUUCAAAAGAAGUGGAACGCUUGGAAACGCGGACUCAACUUCUCCCUCGGUUUCAUCGACGAGACCGGCUUGAUGAACGUCACAAGCCCAGACGAUUGGCUUCGUUUUGGACAAGGAGGUCACAACAUCGAGGCGAAUGCAAUUCUCUACUUCACUAUCAACGAAGGCUUGACUCUCGCCGCUGCUCUUAAUGAUAGCAGCAUCAAGUCCUCCUGGGAGAAGUAUGCAACCAACAUUAAGGAAUCAGCCAACAACUUGCUCUGGAAUGCAACUGCAGGCCUCUACCGUGACAAUGAAACAACUACCCUCAUGCCUCAGGACGGUAACAGUUGGGCAGUCUUGGCUAAUCUGACAAAUAAUGCCACUCAGGCCUCCGCUAUCAGUAACUCCCUCCGCUCUCGUUGGGGACCUUACGGUGCGCCAGCCGUGGAAGCCGACGAUGCCGUGUCACCUUUCAUUGGUGCUUUCGAGCUAGAAGCCCACUUCCGUGCUAACAAUGCAACUGCUGCUCUCGAACUCAUGCGUCUAGAAUGGGGGUUCAUGCUAGACGACCCACGAAUGACCAACAGCACGUUCAUUGAAGGAUACGCCUUUGACGGAGCUACACAUUACGCGCCUUACACAAACGAUCCUCGCAUCUCGCAUGCACAUGGCUGGUCGACUGGCCCCACUGCCUUCUUGUCACAAUAUAUCGCCGGCAUUCAACUCGUCACUGCUGGCGGCAAGACGUGGAAGAUUGCACCUAAGCUGGGUGGUCUGGCAACCGCUCACGCAGGCUUCUCAACUUCGGUCGGCGUGUUCGAGGCAUAUACCAAUGCCACCUCUGAUGGUGGUGUGUCCAUCGAUUUUUCCACCCCUGUAGGAAGCAGAGGUGGUAUUGCUGUGCCAUACCCAUCUUGUGGUGGCAUUCUAAGAAUGCACGAGGUGGAAGGCAGAUGCAAGGAUGUUGUCCUCGACAUCCAGACUUCCGCAAAUCAGACUGGAGAUAUUGAGGUAGAAGGGCUGGUGGGAGGUGAUUGGCAGCUCAGGUUCAAAUGUGCUGCUGCUUCAUAG